AUGGACCAGCAGAUGAUGGAUGCCUGGGCGCUCCUCGCGAGCGGGCAUAACAACGAGGCUCAGAAAUUCUUUGCAGUCUCGACAAGUCGAAUCAAUGGUGACUUUGUGCACUUCAUCUUUCAGCACAUGCGUCAUCGAGGGUGCGAAGUGUUGCAGGCCCCUUACUUUGCAGGGACGCAGUUGGUCCACUUUGCCGAGAACGGCGUUGUCCAAGCAGUGUUUGGGCCACCAGGUCUCCUGUUGUUUGGCCUUAACAAAGCUAUUGUGAAUAUCGAUUUCAACACCUCUGGCUUUGACUGGAUAGAUCUGGACCGCAUCCUCAACAAAUGGAGCAUGACCAGGGAUCAGUUUGUUGACGCCUGCAUGCUGGCCGGGACAGAGUACUGCUUGACGUUCCCGUACCUGCAGGUUUCGCGCUUCAACUUUGACAUGGCCAUAACGGUGGCUAAGCAAGCACCGUUAGUCUCCUGGAUGCAGACCUUCCCAACCGAGGAGGUGAAGGCCGAUCAUCUCGAAGGUUACUGUGUCUGCAAGCUCCUUAUUCAGCACUCGCCGGUCUACCACGUGCAUGAGAAUGCAGUGAGACCUUCGGGUUUUGGCAACAUGCUGGCCGUGCCCAAUGAUUACUCCAUGGUCCUUGGAGACCCGCUGCCAAGCAGCCUGUACUUUCUGAUCUUCAGCGGCAUCUUGUCGUCCAAGCUACCGCAGGCCCUGGCGAAGGGCGAGUGGUUGGACAAGUACCAACCCUUGGUCGACACUGUGGAAUACCGACAGCUGCUUUCAGACUUGUCGGACUAUCGUCAGCGGGCUUUGGGCUUGAUCGCCCGCCAUCUCCCGCCCUACUUCCGCAACAAGCGUAUACUCUGCAAGGCGUUUUGGGAGAAUCUCCAAAACCGGCGAAGCAGCGACCCGGGCUGGACGAGGCGGUAUUUAAAACCCGAGCAGCUGCCGGACGAUCUGAUACGCUGGAAUAUCAACUCCAGAAACAUCGCGCAAGAGAUGCAGAGACAGCGCGUCAGCAAGGUGGAUUUCAAAUUCUGCCUGGCAUGGCACACCAACGAGUAUCUAAAUGGUGGCCCGUUGAUCAAGGAUCUGAAUCGGAGGAUUCCGGAAGAUGAGAAGGGCGAUGACACCAAGGCUGUGUCGGCGAUCGUCCAUUUCAUGCUGCUGGAACAUUUGGGCCUGAUUGCCGAUGACGGUGGCAUGACGGUGCUGGGUGAUGUCUUGAAGGACUCCCCGACCUACUUGCAGGAGCCCUGUCUCGUGGCAUUGGAGCUGAUGAAGUUCGGUCUUCUCAGUGGAGAUCCGUUCGAGGCGGCUGAGCGCCCCUUCCCAGAGCAGGUGGGCUAUCCGAAGCAAAGCGUGGAUGGCACCACGAAGUCCAUUUUGCUCCUGGCCCGGGCCAUGUCUCUGGUCCCUAUGAAGCUGAAGAGUGGUAUGUGGAAUGCGGAUGUGGACUUCGAUCUCGCAGCUUUCCACUCCCUGGUGCGCUUAGUGAAGAGAGCUUUGCGGCACUUGGCCGAAGCUUCCCUCGUCUCGGUGCUCCUGAAGAAUCUGCAACGUGUCAAUCUGCUCCCCCAAGGUCUGCUGUGUGCGGCGGCUCCGGACGACGACGGGGAGGGCCACGGCAUCAUGCCGACGUUCAUGCUUCCGCGUGCGUGCAUGGGCAUCGUGUGUCUCUUCUUUUUGAAGUUCCAGGGGAGCUUCAAAAGCUUCACCCGGGAGCUCUACGCCAAGUUCCCUUGCUGCAUCCAACCUCUUGAGGACCUUUCCAAGGCGUUCCGUUUCUGGGAGGAGCGAGGGGCAAGCGUAGGCUGA